AUGAACGGCCAGGAAGCAUUCAGAAGAAUUGCGAACCAGCUUCGGAAUGCAGGCGGCGGAGGCCCUAUACCUGGUGGCGCACCAAAGGGGUUCUUUGCAGGCGGAGGGCUGUUGGUCGCGCUUAUUGGCGGAGGCCUCUUGCUGAAUGCAAGUUUAUUCAAUGUCGAUGGUGGACACCGUGCUAUCAAGUAUACAAGGAUACACGGAGUCAAAGACGAAAUCUACAACGAAGGGACCCACCUAAUGCUACCAUGGCUUGAGUCUCCCAUCGUCUUCGAUAUACGCGCGAAGCCCCGCAACAUCGCAAGUUUGACCGGUACAAAAGAUCUGCAAAUGGUUAAUAUCACUUGCCGUGUUCUGUCUCGGCCGGCGGUGAAUGCUCUUCCCACAAUAUAUCGGGAAUUAGGCAAGGACUACGACGAACGGGUGUUACCUUCUAUUGUCAACGAGGUCUUGAAGAGCGUGGUCGCCCAAUUCAAUGCGAGCCAGCUGAUUACACAGCGUGAAAUGGUUUCGAAGUUUGUCCGAGAAAACUUAACAAGGCGUGCCCUACGCUUCAACCUUGUUCUAGAUGACGUAUCUAUAACUCAUGUUGCCUUUUCUCCGGAGUUCACGCAUGCCGUCGAAGCGAAGCAGGUCGCUCAACAAACUGCCCUCCGUGCUGCCUUCCUCGUCGAUCAGGCAAUACAAGAAAAACAAUCAAUCAUUGUACGAGCACAGGGUGAAGCUAGGAGUGCCGAGCUAAUAGGGGAAGCCAUGCGUACCAACAAGGGUUUCCUUGAGCUCCGUCGACUCGAAGCUGCACGGGACAUUGCCAAUCUACUAGCAUCAUCAGGGAACAAAGUCAUGCUGGACUCUCAGAGUUUGUUGCUCAAUGUGACUGGUGAUGACGCGAAGGAGCUCUUGAAAGCAGGCAAAAAGUAG